AUGGCAAGCCAAAAGCCAUCCCCGCCAGACUAUUAUUCCAAACUGCCAGACUGCGAAUCGCUACUCGGAAAGCUUUGCAACCUUGAUAACAGCUCUGAUUUCAGAAAAUGCAAAUAUCAACUUGGAAAUGAAGAGACGUGUAAUUUUGUGGUUGACUUUGACGAUAAUGGUGCCUGGGGUGCGUUUGAUGUGGAUAAGGCUGAGCUCUCUGCUUUGCUAGAUAAAACUAAACCGAGGCCUUUUGAAACUAGAUGGAUCCAUUAUGGGAUGUCGCAUCGGCUUGGAGGGCUCAUGUGCUCGGAUCCUUCAAGGAAAAAGAAGAUAACGCCCCUAUCCCCAAAACUUGCAUGCGACAAACCGAAUGGAGUCGUCGACGAGACAGAGGUUUCAUCGGAAACCACGAAGUCAAGCGACAUUGAAGCCGGAUACCAGUCUGAGAAGAUGGUUCCGGCGGAUGCCCCAAGAUCUCUUGAAAAACAAGAGUUUGACAUGGGUGGCAUUUCAUUCUCGCAGUUGGUUGACAAAAUUUGGCAUUUUUCAACUUCGAGUUCCUCUGUAGCACAGCUAAUCGAGCUAGGAACCGUCAUUUCCAUCCAAGAAAAUCCGUUCGCACAGGAGAAUUUAACCCGGGAGCAGAGACAAGCAGCUUUGAAAAUAAUACGGCGAAACAUUGGCCUGGUCCUGUUUGGGAUAUCAAAGCAACACGGAGAAAACAAGAAGAAGAACCCUCUUUUGGGAACACAUAUUAGAAACUCUUCUAGCGAGUCCACAGACGUGAGGGUCAAGAAAGGCGAGGGGCCAAGCUUGCUUUUUUAUUACAUUUUUGACGAUUGGGCGACCAACUACAGUUUGGUCAUCGGACGGGAGCAUUCAUACAGUGCUGCCCUUGAGAAGUUGAGGACCAACAUGUUAGAAAGACCCCGAGUCAACUUGAUAACGGACUUACACCGGGUAGGAAGGGAACUCGCAGUCUUGAAACGACUAUAUCAGAGCUACGAGUUGAUCGCUACCCGAAUUCUUAAUCGGCAGUGGCAGAUGAAGGAGCAAACCCGCAGCGUUAGCCAGCGGACGGCAAGCCAAAUCCGGGGUCUGAAUAAGCAUCGCUUCAAUGUCACCCGAGAUCACACCUGGACUUCAUUGCCAGACGAUGAGAGUGAAGAUGAAUUCAAUCCACGACAGAGCGGAGGCGUGCAGUUGAAAGCUGCAGCGCUAAAUCGGGUCGAGCGACUUGCUGACCGGAUCAGGCUCUAUGCCCUGAGCGAAAUCGAAGAGUGUUUGAACGAGAAAGAGACGCUCACAUUUCUAGUAAGUUCGGGCUUCUUCCCUCAGAAGCGACGUACGAUUUAA